AUGGUGCUCUGGGGUCUGGUGCUGGGAGCUCUGAUGGUGGCCACUGUGGGGUACCUGUACCUGCAGGAGCUGCUCCGGCAACAGAGACCCAAGGAGCCCCCUCUGGAUAAGGGCUCCGUGCCCUGGCUGGGCCAUGCUUUAGCUUUCCGGAAGAAUAUGUUUGAAUUUCUGAAGCACAUGCGGGCUAAACACGGGGACAUAUUCACGGUGCAGCUAGGGGGCCAGUACUUCACCUUUGUCAUGGACCCUCUCUCCUUUGGCCCCAUCCUCAAGGAUACGCAGAGAAGACUAGACUUUGUGGAGUAUGCGGAAAGCCUGGUGCUAAAGGUAUUUGGGUACCGCUCCUUGCAGGGAGACUACCAGAUGAUACACUCAGCCAGCACCAAGCACCUCAUGGGGAAUGGCUUGGAGGAGCUCAACAAAGCCAUGCUGGACAGCCUGUCCUUGGUUAUGCUGGGGCCCACGGGCCCCAGUCUGGAUGCCAGUAGUUGGCGUGAGGAUGGCCUCUUUCACUUCUGCUACAACAUCUUGUUCAAGGCCGGCUACCUGGGCUUGUUUGGCUACACAAAGGACAAGGAACAGGACCUGCUACAGGCAGAGGAAUUAUUCGUGCAGUUCCGCAAGUUCGACCGCCUGUUCCCCAGGUUUGUCUACUCCCUACUGGGACCCCGGGAAUGGCUGGAAGUGGGCCGGCUCCAGCGUCUCUUCCAUAAGACGCUCUCUGUGGAACACAACAUGGAGAAGUACGGCAUAAGCAACUGGAUCACCUAUAUGCUUCAGUUUCUGAGGGAGCAGGGAGUCGCCCCAGCCAUGCAGGACAAGUUCAACUUCAUGAUGCUCUGGGCCUCCCAGGGUAACACAGGGCCUACCUCUUUCUGGGUCCUCCUGUUCCUCCUGAAGCAUCCAGAAGCCAUGCGGGCUGUGAGGGAGGAGGCCACCCAGGUCCUGGGAGAGGCCAGGCUGGAGGCCAAGCAGUCCUUCAACUUUAAUGUCAGUGCCCUGCACCGCAUGCCGGUGCUGGACAGCGUGAUGGAGGAGACACUGCGGCUGAGGGCCGCGCCGACCCUCCUCAGGGUGGUGCACAGUGACCACAGCCUGAAGAUGGCCAAUGGGCAGGAGUACCUGCUCCGCAAUGGAGACAUCCUGGCCCUCUUCCCUUAUCUUUCAGUGCACAUGGACCCCGACAUCCACUCGGAGCCCACCACCUUCAAGUACGAUCGCUUCCUCACCCCCAGCGGCAGCCGAAAAGUAGACUUCUACAAGGCAGGCAAGAAGAUCCACCACUACACCAUGCCAUGGGGCUCGGGUGUCUCCAUCUGCCCUGGGAGGUUCUUGGCCCUCAGCGAGAUGAAGCUCUUUGUCCUGCUCGUGGUCACACACUUUGACCUGGAGCUGGUGGACCCUGACACACCUGUGCCACCCGUGGACCCCCAGCGCUGGGGCUUUGGCACCACACAGCCCAGCCACGAGGUGCGAUUCCGCUACCGCCUGCGCCUGUGGAGUGAGCUCUGCCCAGGUGGCCGCAAGCCUGGCUAG